UGAUUAAACUAGUCGAUAUGAUGGUGCAGGCCGGGCAUCUUCCUCGAUGUUUCAUUACCUUUUUCUUACUUACUAUAAAAUAUUGCUGAUAGAUCAAGGAUGCUUUGACAAAGUGCUUGGAACUCUACUUGAUUAAUUUCUUCUCUUUUCUCUCUGCUAUCAAGAAAAUCUUGGCCACAUUUAUGUUCUUACCAAGAAUCUCUGCUAGCAAGAAAUCUAGUCCCAUUCUUUUCUUAUCAAACUGGAUGUUCAAAAAUCUUGGCAAAUACAACCAUGCAUAAAGCUGAACCUGAAAAUUUAUAAGAUCAGCAGUUCAGCACAACAUCUCUGUAUUCUUUCUUAUCCCACACUGCUUGGCCUGCUUUAAUUAGUUUCACAUAGCUAAACAUCACGAUUGUGGAGUACUUUUUGCUCCAAGGACUAGAUCGUGGACACAUUAUAUAGCAGAGGAAGGAAGUUUUUGCAAGUUUUGACCCGUGGAUUAGUUUUUGCAUGUUCAAUGGCUUCUUCUUCUUCUCCUGCGCAUGCCUUCAAGUAUGAUGUCUUUCUUAGUUUCAGAGGUGAGGACACCCGUAACACUUUUACCAGUCAUCUUUAUGCGGCUUUAGAUGGGAAGAAAAUCAAAACCUACAUAGAUAAUUAUGACCUUGUGAGAGGAGAGGAAAUUGCACCUGCCCUUCUUGAAGCAAUAGAGGAAUCAAAGCUUUCGGUUGUCAUUUUGUCACAAGACUAUGCUUCUUCUACAUGGUGCUUGGACGAACUUGUGCAGAUUUUGGAAUGCAAGGAAAGACAUGGGCAGAUUGUUAUACCCAUUUUUUACAGAAUAGAUCCUUCACAUGUACGCCACCAGAGGGAGAGUUAUGCAGCUGCAUUUGUUCAACAUGAAGAACGUUUCAAGGACAAGGUGCUCAAGUGGAGGGAUGCUUUGACAAAAGCAUCCAAACUAGCUGGGUUUGAUUCACGCAAUAUCAGCCUUGAAUCCGAAUUAGUGGAGUCAGUUGUCAAAGAUAUUGUGACGAAGUUGAGCCGCGCAUGCUCAAGCGAUUUAAAGGGUCUGGUUGGAAUUGAAAGUCGCAUCCAGCAACUCGAGUCAUUGUUAUGCAUUGAUGUAGAAGAUGUUCGUGUUCGCACUGUUGGUAUUUGGGGCAUGGGUGGUAUAGGCAAGACCACCCUUGCUGAUGCUGUAUUCAACCGACUCUCAUCUCAAUUUGAAGCUUCAUGUUUUCUGUCAAAUGUUAGGGAAAAAUCAGAAAAACAUGGACCAUACAAUUUGCGAAAUGAACUUCUUUGCAAUUUAUUGAAGGAUGAAAGUCCAAGGAUUUGCACUCCAUCAAUAGCAUCAACUUUUAUCAAAGAGAGGCUCUCUCGUGCAAAGGUUCUCGUUGUUCUUGAUGAUGUAAAUGAUGUAACCCAAUUAGAAGUCUUGGUUGGUGAUCAGGUUCAAUUUGGACCAGGAAGUAGAAUCAUAAUAACAACUAGAGAUAUGCAUCAACUUAGAGAGAUGCAACUACUGCAGAAAGGAUCAGACCAUGAUGUUAAAAUAUACGAGGCACAGGAACUAGAUCAUGACGACGCACUUCAGCUCUUCUACUUGAAUGAUUCCGAAGAAAUCAGCUGCAAAGCUGAUCAUUCUGAAUUAGUAAGAAUGGUGGUACAUUAUGCUGCGGGAAUCCCCUUGGCCCUUAAAAUUUGGGGUUCCUUAUUUCGUCGAUGCAAGAGCGCACAAGAACGGGCAACUUUCUUGGAAAAAUUGAAAAAGUUCCCUGAAAAGAAACUUCAAAAUGUAUAUAGGAUAAGUUAUGAUGCAUUAGGAGAAAAUGAGAGGGAGAUAUUUCUUUACAUCGCCUGUUUUCACAAAGGACAUGAAAUAUGCAGUGCAAUAGAACAAUUAAAUGCAUGUGGUUUAUUUGCGGAUAGUGGAAUCGAAGUUCUCGUUGAUAUGUCUCUGAUAUCAAUCGAAGAUGAUAGGCGGACCCGCGUAGAAGAAAAAACUCGUUACCUGUGGAUGCAUGAUGUGAUACAAGAAAUGGGAUGGGCAAUUCAGUAUGAACAAGAUCCUGCGAAGCCUGGAAAGCGCCGUAGGCUGUGUACCGCGGAGGACAUCUGUCAUGUGUUGAAAAAGAGUAAGGGAACAGAAAAAGUUCAAAGCAUAUCCCUAAACCUCUCUCAGAUUACAGAGCUUCACUUGACUCCUCAGGCCUUCAAAAAGAUGUGCAAUCUAAAAUUUCUAAAGUUCUAUGGUGAAGAUCGCAGGGGAUACUACUACCAUCGUUGGAAGGACUUCAAUGUGCACUUUAAUCUUCAAGAUCUUGAAUAUCUUCCCGAUUCCCUUUUACAUCUCAGCUGGCCUGCAUACACUUUGAAAUAUUUUCCAUCAACAUUUUCUGCAGAGAAUCUUACUGUGCUUUCUAUGCCUGGUAGCCGACUCCAGAGACUUUGGGAUGAAGGCCAGAAGCCUAGGUACUUAAAACACAUCGAUCUCAGUCACUCCCAGCAGCUGGUUGAAGUUCCAGAUCUCUCUAUGAGCGUAAACAUUGAGAGGAUAAACCUUGAAGGCUGUGAAGGGCUGGUUGAACUUCCUUCCUAUUUUGAAAAUCUUCACAAGCUUACUUCGUUGAAUGUGAGCUGGUGCCGGAAUCUUAGUGUUCUCUCAGAUAUGCCAUGCAAUGUGGUUUCGUUGAUGUUAGCUGGGACUGCAAUAGAAGACCUGCCUUCAUCAAUUUGGUCUCAAGAAAAACUUGUUGAAUUGAAUCUUCAUUGCUGCUGUUGGAUUAAGAAACUUCCAAACAGCAUUUGGAAGUUGUAUUUCCUCACAUCUCUUGACUUGUCUUGUACAAGUAUAGAAGGAUUGCCCCCGUCAAUCGAGUGUCUCCCUGGGUUAAAAAUUCUUGAUCUGCAAAAUUGCAAAAGGUUUGUCAGUCUCCCAACCAGCAUUUGUAAGUUGAAAUCUCUCGAGGACUUGCUUCUUAAUGGAUGCUCUAGCUUCGAAAACUUCCCUGAGAUCUUGGAGCCUAUGGAACGUCUGAAGUCUCUUUGGUUAGGAGGAACGAAAUUCAAAGAGCUACCCUGUUUGAUUGAAAACGUAUUUGUGCGGAAGGAAUUAGUGUUACCUGGGUGUAGAAGCCUUGAGUCUGUCCCAAACAGCAUCUUACCUCCGUCGUCGGUCAUUUUAUGGUCUUCGAUGAGUAGUCUGUACCUCGGUUACUGCACAAUGUUAGAAGAGAUCCCUGAUUGCAUCUUUAGCCUAAACAGGUUAUCUGAAUUAAAUUUGAGUGGAACCAUGAUUAGGAGCAUACCUUCAACCAUCAAUCAAGCAUCUCGGCUGAGGUCAUUAUGUCUCCAGGAUUGCAAGCGCCUUGAAUCUUUACCCAAGCUCCCAUAUUUUCUACAAUUGAUAAAUGCAAGUGGCUGCAAGAGAUUGAAGACAGUGCCUGGGUUCACGACUGCACUCACAGAAGGCUCGCAUCAAAUAAGUUCUUCCGUUUUUCAUGAAUUUUAUGAUUGCGUAAGUUUGGAUGAGAAUGCGAGGAGGAACAUAAUGGAUGAUGCACAUCUUAGAAAUAUGGCAACAGCUUAUUAUCCAAGAUUUAGGUACGAAGCUAAAUGUCCGGGAAAUGAAAUUCCAAAAUGGGUGAGCAAUCAAAUGGAGGGAUGUUCGAUAGAUAUCACGCUUCCUCCACAUUGGUCUGAAGAUGCAAACUUUUUGGGUUUAGCUUUCUGUCUUGUUGUUGACUUCCAUAGAGAAACCAAUGCGACAUGUGCGGCUGAAUCCAUUCUCAAAACCGAAAAUGGUGAAAGCCGUACCUUUAAGUUUAGCAAUUAUAUGAACUAUUGUCCCCCUAAUGAUGCCGACAACCCAGAUCACCUGGUGGUGGUGUGGUACGAUUCCCUUCAGAAGGUAAGGUCCACUCCUUAUACCAAUGCCACUCAAGCCUCUUUUCAUUUCCAUGAACGGACUGAGAUGAAUCAUCAUGUAGAGAAGUUCAAGUAUAGGGUGAAAAGGUGUGGGGUGGGGUUUGUGUAUGCUCAAGGCCAAGACCGAAAUGCUGUGAAGUGGCAAGUCAUGGAUGAUCAAUAUGUUGAAGCUUCCCCCAAGUGAGAACUCAGUUACCUCUCUUGAAACCAUGUUUCGAAAACUGUCAUUAAAUUAGAGCAUCAUUAGUCUAGUUCUUUUGUUGUGGCUGGCCUGAUGACCAGAUUUCAUAAAACUAUUCUCUUAUAUGUGUAUCAUGUCAUAAGGUGUUCCUUGGUUUGCUACAAUGGCAUAUACAAGUUCAAGUCUAAAUUCUACUAUACACACAUGUAUGUCAUGCACACAGAUAUCUGUAAUCAGUAAUGAGAGAGUAUUUAUAACUCAGCAGAGUCAGAUUUUAUAUGCA